AUGCCAGUAAAAAAAAGAGCCUCUUUGGGAAGAAGUACAUCAGCUGCAAGAAGAAUGGCAGCAACAAGAGCAGCUGAAGAUUCUGAAGACACACGCAUUCGACUUGAUGGUCAACGUGCAAGACAAGCAGCUUCAAGAGCAGCUGAAGAUUCUGAAGACACACGCAUUCGACUUGAUGGUCAACGUGCAAGCCAAGCAGCUUCAAGAGCAGCUGAAGAUUCUGAAGACACACGCAUUCGACUUGAUGGUCAACGUGCAAGCCAAGCAGCUUCAAGAGCAGCUGAAUCUCCAGAACGGAGACAAGGUCGACGGGUAUAUGAUCGAGCUAGACAUGCAGCUUCAAGAGCAGCUGAAUCUCCAGAACAGAGACAAGGUCGACGGGAAGAAGAUCGAGCCAGACAUGCAGCUACAAGAGGAGCUGAGGAUCCCAUACAGAGACGGACUCGAAGUGAAGAUCAGCGUAGACGACAAGCAGCCUCAAGAGCAGCGCAAUGGACAUUUAUGGAAGGGGAAGCGUUUCGUUAUGAUCCAGCCAACAACUAUGACACCCAUCCUCAACUUUAUAUUGGACAAAUGAGCGAUGUUUGUCCAUACUGUAAUGCCCUCAAGUGGCAUGCAGAAACACGAGGUAUGUGCUGUUCUGGUGGUAAAGUAAAGUUACCUGAACUUCAGCCUCCUCCUGAACCACUGAAAUCAUUAAUAGGUCCUACUUCAUUUGAAGUUCUUCGAACUGUAAACGGUCGGAUCUGUGCAACAUUUCGUGAAGCAUGUCAACUACAUGGAUUACUGGAACAUGAUCAGCAAUGGGAUGCCACCAUGUCCGAAGCAGCUGCAGCUCAAUCGCCGGCAAGAUUAAGAAAUCUAUUCGCUCUUAUACUAGCUGUUUGUGGACCAUCCAGUCCAAAACAAUUAUGGGAGUCGUACAAAGAAAGCUUGACUGAAGACAUUCUGAGAAAUGCUCGUAGACAAAAUCCUGGAAUGAAUUUGGAUUAA